UUGUUUGUGUUUGUGUUUGUGUUUGUGUUUGUGUGUGUGUGUAGGGGACGCUGUACAUUAGUCAAUUUUGUAAUUUUCCAUGUUAGAUCUGCGUUUGGUUGCAAUAGCCUAUAUCGAGCAAGCAACGACGCUAAUCAAAGUUCGUAAUAGCUGGUUGGAUCGUAUUAUUAUUAUUAUUAUUAUUAUUAUUAUUAUUAUUAUUUUAUUAUUAUUAUGUUUGUGUGUCAUGGACUCAUGUCGUAUUGUUAACACCAUUAGUAUGUCAGAUCUAAAAUCACCCAUAUGUAAGAGUCUACAACUUCCACGUAAGAAGUUGACUCGUACGUCUUACAUCUACGGAAAUGUUCCCAAGUCAGCUGACCGUAACUAAAUUCCUAACUUACCUCACACUUAGGUUCUCAUUAAUUUGGGGGGUGAUUUUGUAUUCUGACUAAUGUUAGCGUUGGCGAGAAAUAAAACGGUCAUGGAUGCAAACUGGUUUAUUAAAACCCCUUGGAGCUAAAAUAAGUCUGCAAUUGUAGCAAUCUAUAUUGCGUAUAAGAAAAUACACAUCACUAGAUUCAAAAUUAUACGAACAUCAUAAAUGUUGCAUUAACGAAUUCUUGAAAUAAUGUUCUUCAGAUAAUAGAUUUGUUUUGCCUUUUUUGUGCCACCGUUGUUAGCAGUACUCCCCUCGUGUAAAAUCCAGCUAUGAUCAGCUUGAAAUACCAUCUAUCAUCAGUUUCAAAACCUAGCUUAAGCUGUUUUUGUUUUUGUUUUUUUCUGCAGGGUCCAGCAACUAUUUAAGUAGCCACAUUGCUUCUCUGUCUUGUCAUUGGUGGACAUUUUGUUAGCCACGUUAGUCAUUAUUGCCCAAUAAGAGGCAGCUCACACCAAACGCACUUUACCUGCUUGGUGCGCUCAGCCUCGCGCUGCCGGGCACCUCGCUAAUUUUAGGUGUUAAAAAAAAAAAGUUUUCCUUUUUUUUCUGCUGUCAAAUCGCAUGGAAAUGGAGGCGGGGAUUGAUGUUGGAUAUUUAGGCUAUGGUUUUGUCACUAACUCUCCAAAAUCGCAAAACGCGAUGCCCCCUCUGUGUUGGAAGCGGCCCCGUCCCGCCGCGAUGGCCUGCCGCGUUUGCCCACGAUUCUGCGUCUGCUCACGAUCCUCAGCCUACACCCUGGCGCUCGGCUUCGGGUUCGUUACUCUGGGCACCAGUCGCAUCCUCCUCCUGAAGUUCUCAGCCAAUGCAGAAGACAAAUAUGACUACCUUCCUGCCUCUGUGAAUCUGUUUGCAGAGGCCAUUAAGCUGGUCUUCUGUCUGCUGAUGUCCUUGAGGGUAAUGAUUCAGGAAGGCCGUUCAUACAAAGAAUGGGGUUGCACCUCCUGCACUGCCUUCCUCAGUUACAUGAAAUGGUCCAUUCCCGCCUUCCUCUACUUCCUGGACAAUAUGAUCAUCUUCUACGUGUUGACCUACCUGCAGCCUGCGAUGGCAGUACUGUUUUCCAAUUUUGUCAUUCUGACCACAGCGGUGCUGUUCAGGAUUGUGCUGAAGCGGCGCUUGUCCUGGGUGCAGUGGGCGUCACUGGUGAUCCUCUUCCUCGCCAUCGUUUCCCUGACGAACGCCGCGGGCGGGAAAGGGCAGCACGACACCGCGGUGCACGUCCUCGCCCAACACUCCGCCGCGUCCAACAGCUGCCUGUCGUUCACGCGGCUGGAGGCGGAGCAACGGCGCCACGGCAACGGCAGCGGCUGGGCCUGGAGCGAGGGUCUCAAGGGCAACCUCAGCGGCCAGGGCCAGGGCCUGGGCCUGGGCCACGUCCUGCUGCUGCUGCAGUGCUUCAUCUCCUCCAUGGCCAACAUCUACAACGAGAAGAUCCUCAAGGAGGGCGACCAGCUGACCGAGAGCAUCUUCGUCCAGAACAGCAAGCUGUACGUCUUCGGCCUGCUCUUCAACGGGCUGACGCUGGGCGCGCAGCCGCACUCCCGCGCCCUGGCGGCCCACUGCGGCCUGCUCUACGGCCACAACGUCUUCUCCGUGGCGCUGGUCUUCGUCACGGCCGCGCUGGGCCUGUCGGUGGCCUUCAUCCUCAAGUUCCGGGACAACAUGUUCCACGUGCUGACGGGCCAGAUCACCACCGUCCUCAUCACCUCCCUCUCGCUCCUCCUGUUCGACUUUCGGCCCAGCGUGGACUUCUUCCUGCAGGCCCCGGUGGUGCUGCUGGCCAUCUUCAUCUACAACCGCAGCAGGCCGGGGGACCCGGAGUAUGCCCUGCAGCGGGAGAAACUGCGGGUGAUCAACGGGGAGGUGUCCGAGAGAGCGCUGGGGGACGGCGAAGAGCUGGUGAGACUGACAAAGCCGUACACGGACAGCGAAUCAGAGGAAGAAUCUCUCUAACACUGCAGACCAGUCUUCACAAGAGCACAUUUUACUUUGUGUACGUCCUCUCCGUUCAUAAUGAGGGGAAAUCAAAAUGAGCGAGUUUCAAAACGCCCGGCUGUGAUCGACUUGCCAGCGCUUAGAAAACUUAGUUUGCUCAGCUGUUGGAUGGCCCAUGAUAAGUGCGUUUCGGACAUGCUCAAACCGAACUUGAACUUUUUUUCCAAGUUACCGUUUUCAGUUUCAGAAUCUUUACACUAAAAGGGAGAGCACUGAUUAUUCUACGCAAAGUGCAAUUGGCAGAGUUUUAAGCUACCACCGGUUUUUUUUUUUUUCCUUUUUUUUUUUUUUUUUGCUUUGCAAGAACUCAACCGUUCUUUUUUCAUGCUGGGGAAAUACUGAGGAUUUGAAUCUGCUUAUGACAUCCCAAGUAUUUUAAAUGAGGUAUUUGGAAUGAUUGCACAACUAAUAAUGACUGCUGUGCUCAUGUACAUAUUUUGUCCAAAGUGCCAUACAUUAGUGAAUCAAUGCUCUUUGCAUGUUUGCAUAUUUUCGAAACAACGGGUUGCUGUUACAUAGAUUAGUGUAAUGCACACUUGUUUUCAUGUUUUUAAUUGCUUUUGACUCAUUUUGGACAAAGCCAUUUGCAACAGUGAUAUAAUUUGAUAACGAUUUUAAUAAUGCAUGAACUUGGUUCUUAAGAGACUCAAAAGUUAACAUGGUAAAAUAUGUCUCGAGGGCUGAAUUUUAAAACUCAAACACUGUUGUGGGAAAAGAGUUAAAAGCAAAACCAACUUGGAAAACCUGAAGAACAAGGAGGAUUACUUGGAUUUACACAUUUUAAGUGAAGCAAGAUGCCAAUAAGAGCUUUUGUAUCUCGAUAAUAGACUUUAUUUUGUGGACUGGUAUGUUUAUUUAUACUUCGGCGCAUUUCCUGUAAGCUGUGCUUACUAUGGGGGUGAGGAUACGUGAAAGUACAAGAUCAUUUUAAAAUAAAUUAAAUAAUAAAAUAUAAUUGAUUAUUUUUACCAGGGAUUCCAGCAUGCAUCAGAUAAGGUUUAUACAUGAAUGCAUACUGUAUUCUGUGAAGGAACAUAGUAGUGUUUUGGAUGCACAGGAAAUGUAUCCGAUUUCUAAUAAGAAAAUAAUAACCAACAAAUAUUACUGACAUUGUUUUAAUUUCAGUAGUUAAUUUGUAAAGUGUUCAGGGAAAUGCAUACUGAUCUUAUGGAGAUAGUGUCUUUUUUUUUUUUUUUUUUAUUUCUGGGAAAAUUUGAAUGGUAAUUUUUAUACACUAGGAACAAAGAUCUAAAACGACAAACUGCCUGAAAAGAAUGGGUCAACAUUAUGUGCAAAGUCUCAAAUUCGAUUAAAGUCUCACCAUUUGAUUAAGUCA